AUGAAACGGGGUCUGAGUUCUGAAUGCCACCUGGAGUCCGUGAUCCUGACUAAGGACAAACGUGCUCUUAGUACGGGGAAAGUGCUUCAUCGGCACCCGAUCGCAUUUACGUCACCAGAUACAGCGGUCGACCCACGUUCCUCAGACCUCGCAGAGGCAUAUACCAGUGCUACCACCAUCAACGACAACCAUCUGCGAGACCCAAGUUUGGAAACCUUUGGUGUCCUGGAAAAUUUGGCCUGGGGCAGACAAAGUGACACACCACAAUCUGUGACCCCAGGACGCUCUAUGAUACAUGAAUUAGGCGAGGAUGGAUUAGACGAGGCGUACCCAGGAAUUCUGAGUCCGCAGCAGGAAGAUGCAAUUCUUGCUUUCCACAGGGAUGAGAUUGCUUGGAUGCACAAUGUGCUCCAUGUGCCUACCUUCCUUGCGGAAUGGGCAGAACGACGCCAGCAACCCAGAGAGCGUUGGUUAGCCCUAGAUGCUUUGUAUCUAGCAUUAAUGGCGACCGGCUUAUAUUACAUGUCUCCUGCUCAGCAUGAGCACAUUGGCAUUCGAGCUGGCUACAGACUUAGCGAAAGGCUCUACCACAAAACAGUCAUGGUUCUUGACAAGAUUGACUUUAUGUAUAAUCAAUCGAUCCAUGCGGUCCAGGCCAUCUGUGUCUUUCUCCCCUGUGUUUAUGGUUUUGGUGAAUACAAGCGUGGCCUAGUCUUGCUGUCAAUCGCUACGACCAUUGCUCAAAGUAUGCAACUUCAUCGAUUGGACUCGGGAAUUGCCAAUGUGGUCGAAACAGGCACAACAGAUGUCCUUGAGCUAGAGAUCAAGAGACGAAUCUGGUGCUUCCUGGUCACACAAGAUACUUACUUGAUAGCCGCCAAGAAGACUUAUACCAUAAUCCUGGAACACUGCUCAGUGAAAUGCCCUUUGCACGUUGAAGAACCGUGCACAAAUUCUGGCGGGGAUGUUCUCCUCGCAGUACCAUUGGAACAUGUCACUCAAAAUAGCUAUAUGCUUCUUCACUACCAUAUGUCGCAGAUAUUCCGCACUCUGCACUCACGGAAUGGACCUCCACCUGCCGAGCCUCCUUCUCUCGAGAGGCUAUACCAAAGGGUUCUGGACGCAGAUGAGCAGUUGACUGAGUUCAUGGAGCUUGCUCCUUCUUGGCUCAAGCUUGAUGCACAGAAUGGUCUUGAGGACGGGGAAUCUUCCCCUCACACUUCGUCGACAACUGCUUCUCAACGUCGGUCGUUUCGGAUCGCAUAUCUCAAUAUGAGAUCCAAGAUUCACCAGCCUUUCUACUGUCGAGCAUUCACGGAUAAAAAGUUCUACUACUCUAAGGCAACAUGCCUAGACACGGCUCGAAGCUUACUCAGGAUAUUUGCCGAUCCAACGGAGCAGACACUACCACUUAUGUGGACGGCGACAUCGCAUGUUAUCUACGCAUGUAUCACCAUUGGGAUACACCUUUUGUUUCCUCAGCGUGGUAGCCAUAAUCCUGAAUCAUCCUGGACAACCACAAUGAGCGGAGCAACAGACAAAGCGCUCGUGAGUUCUUGCAUGAAUGUUUUGAAUCUAUCCAAACGCCCUUGUCGUAUUGUCAGCAGGGGAUUGAGAAUGCUCAACCAUCUCUUUAAUCAGCAAAGACAACAGAUUCCUGCCAACAUGAUCGUAGAUCGUGCCCGCAUUGAGAGUGUACUACAAGAUAACGAAACAUCUCCAUCCGAGGAGGAGCAAGAAGAUGAACUUCCACCGGCAUCUCCUUUCCAUUAUCCACUGGACGAAUUUGUUGGGAGUUUCGAGCUUUACACGAGUAAUCAAGGUUAUUCUCUCGAUGACUUUAGCAUAGUUUGA